AUGAGGAAGCAUUUCAAAGACACCAUCAGCUUGAUUUACACCGAUGCAGGUAAAUUAUUAUUUUCAUUUUUUUUUCUUAUAUGUAUUAUAUUGUUUUUCAGAUUCAUUGGUGUAUCAUAUCAAGACUCAAGAUUUUUACUUAGACCUGCUGAAUAAACCUGGACUUUUGGAGUGUACAGACACGACCUACCGAAAGACCACCCGUGCUACGUUACAGAGAGGAAGAAGGUACCUGAUUUGUUCUCUGAUGAGUCGGAUGGAAGAACAAUAA